AUGGGUGGUGCCUCUACCUCGAUGCCCGUCGUUGCACCUGAGUGUUUGUUGGAGUAUCGGCCAGCCGGUCCAGUUGGGGCAUUCACCUCAACUCAUCCAUCUGCAAAUGUAGAACAUGAGGGGGAACCGGAUCGGAUGGAAAAUGCUAUGCAAGGGGAUGACUCCGAUGAAGAGCCUGUUGACAUUGGAGGGGACAGCGAUGAUGAAAUUUCGACAAAUCCAGGAACAUGUCAACCACCGUCAAGUGCCGGCACACAUGAGCAACCUGCACAUUAUUCUACCCUGGAUCUGGGAGCCAUCAGCCAACCGACAGAUCCAGCACUAACCUUUGGGGUUCGAGGCUUGCACGAGAUCUGUGCCAAGAUCUUUUCUCUGGUUCGCGCCAAUGCGGCGGUAUCGAUAAAGGUGUUGCAAGAAGCUACCGAAGGAACGUACGGGUUCAAGACAAGUUACAGGAAGACGUGGUUGGCAAAACAGAAGGCGAUAGCACAGAUAUACGGGGACUGGGAAGAGUCCUACGCCGAGCUACCUCGUUGGAUCCUUGGUGUGCAGUCCACCAUGGAGGGGACGGUUACGUUGUUGAAGACAUCUCCGAUUCGCGUCGGUGAUGACGUGGAUGACUCAACCGUGUACUUUCAUCGUCUUUUCUGGACGUUUCCUCCUUAUGUUGAAGCUUUCCGACAUUGCAAGCCGUUGGUAAGCAUAGACGGUACUCAUCUGUAUGGCAAGUAUGGAGGGACUUUGCUCCUGACCAUCGCUCAAGAUGGGAACUCCAACAUCUUGCCUAUUGCUUUCAGUCUCGUGGAGGGGGAAAAUGCCGAGUCUUGGUCUUUCUUCGUGACCAACCUGAGGCAACAUGUGACUCCGCAACAGGGGAUACUGGUCAUUUCAGAUAGGCACAAUGGCAUCAAGGCUGCAUUGGAGAACCCGAACAGUGGGUGGUUACCCCCGCAUGCGUACCAAGCAUUUUGUAUUCGGCAUGUUGCAGCUAACUUCGCACUCAGUUUCAAAGGCACAGAUGCAAAGCGUUUGCUUGUGAACGCUGCUUAUGCGAAGAUUGAGGCAGAGUUUGACUAUUGGUUUGAUAUAAUGCGGAAUGAGAAUCCGGGUACACGGAAUCUUCCGGUUACCGCCCUAGUCAAGUCCACAUAUGGUCGGCUAGCGGAGUUGUUCGUGAUUCGUGGUCAGACGGCAGAGGCUCAAUUGGCCAGUGGUGCCAAGUUCUGCCAGUCUUUUAUGAAGGCGAUACAGCAGUCUGAGUACACCGUUGCCGAGACGACGCCCACCGGGAGAUUUUCACUUGGGACGUACCAAGUUUACCUCCAGCACCGUACAUGCGAUUGUGGAUACUUUCAAGCUCUCCAUUACCCAUGUUGCCAUGCGAUUGCAUGUUGUGCCCAGUCACGGCUUGACUGGUCCAUCUAUGUCAACGAGGUCUACACCAUGCAGAAGGUGUUCAGGGUGUACCAGAUGGGUUUCGUGCCGCCAAUACCGGAGGGACUUUGGCCACCUUAUGACGGUCCGACCAUUAUUCCGGACCCCAGCUUGAGGCGUUGCCGUGAUGGCCGACCGAGGUCUACCAGAAUCCGGAACAACAUGGAUGAGGCCGACCCUAACCGACCGAAGCGGUGCGGGCUCUGUAGACAGCCUGGGCACACGCGUAGGUCUUGCCCCCAGAGAGGCUCCACCGUUGCCGGUAGUUCGUAG